AUGGCCUCGGCCCAGCUGGCCGGCCAGCCUCCGCAGCCGCCCCAGCAGUCUGUCGAGGCGUCCGCAUCGGCCUCGGCAUCAGUCACCCAGCAGCAGCCCGUUUCCUCGAGGCCCAACCUCGACGGCAUCCUCCUCCUCGAACAGCCAUUCGCAAGGCUCCCCUUUGACGAGCUGCGCAGGCAGCAGCGCACGCAGCAGAGGCUCAUCGAGCGCGAAUUCAUCUUUUGCUCGUCCACCCUAAACGACCUCGAGGCAAAGGUGGCAGCGAGCCGGCCACCCCCAGCCUCGUCAUCCCCGCUCCCGCAUCCCUCGCCCUCGCCCUCGUCCUCGUCCUCCGAUCCAGACGCCGUCAGGCAAGAGGCUGAAAGGAGCCUCGAUGCCAUGCUCGGCAGGCUGCGCGGGCUGAAGCGCAAGAUGCUCCCGCUGGCGCAGCAGUCCAAGCAGACGCUCCGCAUGGCCCAGUCGAGGACCGACCACCUCAGCAACCUCCAUUCCAUCGACAGCUCCGCCAGCCCCGAAUUUGCAGAGUGGUCCAAGGUCCGCCUCGACCGCAUGCUCGUCGACUUCAUGCUCCGCCGCGGCUAUCGCUCCUCGGCAGACGAGCUGGCAAAGGCUCGAGGCAUCCAGGACCUCGUCGACACCGACCUCUUUGCCGAGAUUGCCACAAUCGAGCAGUCCCUCGUCCCGCCCGGCUGGCAGCUCAACAACGACCACAACGGCCACGACGAUGGCGACGGCGACGAAGACGACGGCCAGGCGUCCGUUCGAGGUUCUCGAAACGCCGCCGCCGCCGCCGCCGCCGCCGCCGUACCCAGCUGCACGGCAGCGCUGGCUUGGUGUUCGGAGAACAAGACGAUGCUGCGCAAGAUCAAGAGUCCGCUCGAGUUCGACCUGCGCCUCCAGGAGUACAUCGAGCUGGUGCGGGUGCGUACGCCCGAAUCGCUGCGCGAGGCGAUAGCCUACCUGCGACGCCACCUGCUGCCGAUGCACAGCGCUGCCGUCGCGGCGCUGGCCGCCAUGCCCUCGGCAUCGUCGCCGUCCAAGGCGGCGGCGGCCGAGUCCGCGUCUCUCGACAAGGACGCCGAGUACGACCGGUCGGCGCACGAGGCCAUCAAGAAGCAGGUGUCGCGCGCCAUGGGCCUGAUCGCGUGCGGCCCGGACGGCUGGGCCUACGAAGACCUCUAUACGCCGUACCGCUGGCUCUCGCUGCGCGACAGCUUCCGCGUCUGCGCGCUGCAGAUCCACAGCCUGCCGCUGCAGCCGAUUCUGCACAUUGCGCUGAGCGCCGGCCUGUCGAGCCUUAAGGUACCAGCCUGCUACAGCCACGAGGCGCGAUCGCUCGUUGCCGGCUCGACGGGAGCGCCCGCCCACCUCGGCGGGCGUACGGCUGCCGACGCCGCCUCGGCCGCACUGAUCGAGGGUGGCCACGCGACGCAAUCCGACGCCGUCUCGGUGCCGUCGCGCUUCCCACCGGCCAUGGGAGGAGGCAGCAGCUCUGCCGGUGGAGGCGUAGACGGCAGCAGCAGCGGGAGCGGGAGCGGUAGCGCGCUCGAUCGUGGCGAAGGAGGCGCGCGGGCCCCUGGCGGCUCGUCGCCGCUCUCGUACCUCGGCAGCAUGAUGUCGUCGGGCAUCGCGCCGCACACGCACGCGCAGGCGCUGGCUCGCGGCCGUGCGACGGGCAGGCCGACGACCGACGACCGCAACAUCGACUGCCCCGUCUGCGACACCGACGGCCUGGGCACGCUGGCGAGGGAGGUGCCGUGGAGCCACCACGCCAACUCGACGCUCGUCUGCAGCCUGAGCGGCAAGGUCAUGGACGAGAACAACCCGCCCAUGGCAAUGCCCAACGGCAGGGUGUACGCGCUUUCGGCGCUCGAAGAGAUGGUCGACAAGAGCCGCGACGGCAGUACGAUCGUCUGCCCGCGCACAAGCGAGACUUACUCCUUUGCCAGCCUGCGCAAAGUCUUUAUCUCGUAG